GGGGACGCGCGAAGCGGCGGGAGCCGUUCGAACCGCCGUGAUGUCAGCUAAGAGAUCACUGAAGUUAGACAGUGUUAAGAAAUAUAAUCCAGUUGAAGCAAGCCCUUUGGCCAAGAAGAAGGAUCUAAACUCCUAUUCACCAACAACAGGAACAUGCCAGAUAAGUCCAUUUUCGUCUCCCACAAGUCAUAAUGCAGAGGAUCUCAGAAAUGGCUUAUCACAUGGAGAUGAAACCAAUUCAGAAAGCAGAUUAUCCAGAAGAGGGCAGCCUCAAACAGUGGAGGAUGCGUUUGCAGAGUUGCAGUCGAAUGUGAAAAGUUCAUUGGCGAGAAUUCUGAAAGCAAGAGAAAACCUGACAAGCCUACAGGCUUUAGAGGGCAGCAGAGAGCUGGAAAAUAUCAUCGGUGUCUCAGACUCGUCUCGCAUCUUGAGCGCUGAAGUGCAGAAAACCCAAGCGCUAAUGAGUCAAGCAGAAGAACUGCAGCUGUUGAAAAGGAACCACGGACAACUUCCUGCCCGAGGAGUGGCUGCUCUCCAAGAGACCGGAUCAGGGUUAACUAGAUGGGUUUUGAUCUAACCCCAACUGAGAUUACCAAUGAAAGCCAACUGCAGAGAUGAGGGACCGAGUACUACCGAGUUCCAGCUUGUCUGCCCAGUAUUGCUGUCCCUUGCAAAGAAGGCAGUGAAAAGUUGACCUUUGUAAACAGCUACGAAGCAUGGCACUUGGACCUUUUUGCCACAAGGCAAGAAGACAAUCAACUGUUUUUCUUUGCAGCCAGUUAAAUCUGCUCAGAUUCAUGCAAAAACUCUCCAUGACUGUGCUCACAUUGAGCAGGCAAACACCUUUGUUAGUCCAAGAGCCUUAGCUGCAAAUACAUCUAUGAAAAGCACAAAGAGAUAUGAUGCUUCUUUCUUCUAAACAACGCCUUGCUUUAGGCUUAAAAUACAACUGGAUAAUCUCUCGUUAAGACCUUUAAAACUCCCUGGUCUACAUAGAAAGGCAACAAAAUGGAGAGACCUGUUGUUAAAGUUCAUUUUCUUGUGCAUGAAGUCUAAACUGGUUCAUCUUGGCUCAUCUGGAAACUCGGCUUUCUGUAUUAACGGAUUCUCUUCCAAAGAGUUUCAGAGUUCUGUCAUUUGCCCCACAGUGCAGAUCUGAACUUGACACUGUUGCCUCCGAAUCCUCAGGCAUUCAGGAAAGUAUUUCCACUGCAAGUUCUGCAGUCUGCUGAUUUCUGGUAGAGUCAUCUUCUCAAAACCAAUUCUAUUGCAGCCAUAGGAGCGAGGCAUUCCUUUUUUUUACUUCUUGGUUACUUUUGCACUCUGACCUGCUUCUGCAGGCUUUCUUUUUGUCCAAGAGAACCAUGUAUAUAUCACAAAGCAUCCAAUUCCAUUUCAGAAACAGUGCAAAAUAAAACAAGGAGAGUUUCUUCUCAAAACAGACAAAAUGGCAGUAAUACAGUAUUCCACAGUUCAUCCUAAUUUAUGUCAGCUUGAGUUUGCACUUUCUAUUGGGUCUGUGUGUAAGCAACUGAGUAGGUGGGGUCUGUCCUGCUGGGGAGUAGCUGUGAGUGAAAGUAAAUCCAUCUUGCAACACAUUUCUGCCUCAUUUUCAAAUGGAGUAGAAAAAAUUCAUUUCUGAAUUUCAGUUCUUUAAUCUAUUUGGGAAAAGCUGCUCCUGCUGACACACAAAGAAGCUUCUUAGCUCUGUCAAGAUCCUUGCAAUUAAAUGGUCUGCUAUUAAAUGUGGAGGUUGGUGGCUCUGCCUGUGGUGGGGGUGUUGGAGAUUCACGAUCCUUGAGGUCCCUUCCAACCCGGGUCAUUCUGUGAUUCUGUGAUUCUGUGAAAUCUGUUAUGUCUUUAAGUCAUACUGCAGUGUGUGUGUUUGUAUGUGGGGCUGCAUUAAGCAGAACUUUACUGUGUGCACUCACCCGAGGGCUCGAUCUGACUCACUUGCUCUGUUUGAUCACAAAUUGUUUUGAAUCUCUCCAUGCAAAGAAAUCGUCCUACCCUCCUGCACUCACAGUCAGAGCUAAUUGUAAGACUGCCUUGAAGUACACAUUAAGGAGAAGAGUGGUGUUUGCUGAUUUUUACUCUGUGGAUGAAAACCUGUUGCUCAGGCUCAUAUGGCAGGAUGUGUUCUCAGUCCAUGCAGCUCUUUUUUCAGUUUGUAACCACGCAAAGUCCUCUGCGGUUUAGAAGAGAUAACAGAAACCACUUAGGCUGGUAUCCAAAAAGUGCAGUGCCUGUGGUUUGCCCAGUGCAGACAAGCAGUCUCAUCUACUGGAGGAGCCCUGCUGAAAAGUAAGGGGCUGCUGGCCAUGUUCCCCUGGCACCUCAGCACCGCGGUGUUUCCUGGCACGUUCAGCUGCAUGGGACCCACACCUGGCGAGUGCACCUUUAGAAACAGCCUGAGAUUUAAGAAGUCCCUGGGCCUGAGGUUGCAGCGUGAUAAGCUUUUUGGAUAGAAGGGGGCAAUUUACAAACCUCUCCCAUGAUUUAACAUCUUCUGCAAUGCAGAUGAAAUAUUAAGCUAUUAACUCUGGUGGCAGAUACAGAAAUGCACAUGAGACAUACGACUAUAGGCCCCCGACGUAUGUACGCGUAGAACUGUCAGCCCGCAUUUUAUAUGUAGGUGUCGACCGCAUUUAUUCAUGAAUUUCACACUCCUGUUUACUCUCUAUUUUCCUAUGUACCUUUUUACAGACUCAAUAGCCAUUAAUUUUUAAUCCUAGCAGAUCUAGACUUUGGAGCAUUAAGUUUAAUGAAAAAUUAAAGCAUUGUAGUACUAUCAACAGCUACGUGUAGCAACUCCUGCAUGAGGAUAAAUACUGCUUUCUCCCAUGAAUAUAAUUAUUUUAAAUAAAAAAGAAAAGAAACAUUAGUUUGGACUCACUUAGAAGCAAUUAUAUGUUUAAGAGGUGUAAAUAACUUGCUAUCCAGACGUUACAAAUAUCCAGGUGCUCUGUAUGUGCUGAUGACAACAAAAUUGAAAAGAAAGACUGUAAUAAUUCUGACUGGUUUUCUCUGCAGAAGAUAUUGAUUAUUUGUGUGUGGUGAGAGAUUUGGAAAAUUCAAUUAAAGGAGUUGUGCAAAGGUUUCAUAAAUUUUCCUGGUACAGCGUGUACACAGACAUUGUUGCGUAUUAAAUCAAUGCAGCACUUCACAAUAUAUUUUCUUUGAAACAUAAAAAUAAAUAACAUUUAAACAGUUCUGCUUACUACAGAAACAAAUUUUAUUUUCUGUGAAGCAUUUAGUCAUGUGCUAUCACUGACUCAUACACAUUUGCCAGCUGUAACAAAUUUUAUAGACGUUUUCUCCAGAGACAUAGCUCAUAUACUAUGAAUUUUUAAAUGAGCAAAUGGUGAAGAAGGGAUGUCAGCAAUAUAAAAAUUGAUCAGUUAAAAGAUAAAAGCAUAAGUAAAGAGAUUUGUAUGGUAGUCUUAAUAGGUUUUAUUAAAUAAAAAUACUAUAAAAAGACA